UUUUAAAAUUCAUUUGUAACCAAAGCGUUGUUAAUUUAGUUUCAUUUUCACUAAUUAACUCUCGUAACUUUUGAUUAUCCUUUUUAUUAUUAUUAAUACAUUUGAUUAGUUUCCAAACUUAUUACAUCUUAAUUUGUUUCGAUCACUUUUUUUUUACAUGUUAAUUACUAAAUUUGUUCAUUGAUCAUCAUUUGGAUGGAUGAAAAUUAAUUAAUCGAAAGCAGCUCAAAAAGUUAUCAUAUCUUUGAUUUGUUUUCUAGAUCAUCAAGACAAACUACAACAACCUUUUUCCUGAUUCAAUUGAUUUUCCUUGAUUGUUCAGUCAACUUUCAUAUAUAUAUAUCAUUGUUUUGUUUUCCUGUGAUUCUCAGGAUCAACUUUGAUUAUACUUUGAAAUUUAAUUGUUAGUGUUAACUAAUUGUCGUUGUGAGAUUGACCUUUUAAAUUUUCCAAACUGGGUUUAGACGUGUUGAAAAAAGGUGCUGCCAUGGUUGAUCUGAGUCGCUGGGAUCGUUGGAAGGUCAAACUGAAAUUGGGAAAUUCACGAAGAUCAAAUAAAUCACCGGGUACCAAUGUUAAACUAAAUGGUAACGGGUCACCUUCAUCGAUUGACCUGAGAUCAGCUGAUCAGUCAAGUUCAAGUAGCUCUUCAGAUGGGGAUAUUGAAUCAAUGUCGGUCGAUGGAUGUUGGCCUGGACCUCGUCAAUCAGAGGUAAUCUUAUGUUCAUCGCCCAAUGGUAUUAGUACAAUCUCUUCACCUAAUGCAACACCGACCGAUUUAAACUCUUCUUCCGGUUCCGAUUUGAUUGGUACCAAUGCUGCCAAUAAAUCUUUAGAUUUGGGACCAAGUGAAAAGAAACACGCUAAACCCUCUGAUUUUGAAUUUCUCAAAGUAAUUGGCCAUGGAUCUUUCGGUAAAGUGUUAAUUGCUCGUCACAAAGCGGAAGAACAAAUUUACGCGGUCAAAGUGUUACAGAAAAAGGUGAUACUCAAGAAAAACGAACGAAACAACGUAAUGUGCGAACGAAAUGUUCUUCUCAAGAAUUUACAUCAUCCCUUCCUUGUUGGUCUUCAUUAUUCAUUCCAAUCAAGGGAUAAACUUUACUUCGUUCUCGAUUAUGUCAACGGAGGUGAACUCUUUUUCCACCUUCAACGUGAUAAAUAUUUCUCUGAAAAUCGAGCUCGAUUCUAUGCCGCCGAGAUAACCUUAGCUCUUGGCUACCUUCAUUCCCAGGGAAUCGUUUAUCGUGACCUUAAACCAGAAAAUAUCCUCUUAGACUGUGAUGGUCACGUUGUCCUGACCGAUUUUGGACUUUGUAAAGAUGGACUUCGAGAUCGUGAUACAACUUCAACCUUUUGUGGUACACCUGAAUAUCUUGCACCGGAAGUGCUUCGGAAAGAGGCCUAUGAUCGUCGAGUUGAUUGGUGGUGUUUAGGUGCUGUACUUUACGAAAUGCUUUAUGGUUUGCCUCCAUUUUACAGUCGAGAUACAGUUGAAAUGUAUGAUAACAUUUUGAACAAACCAGUUCGUCUUAGGACCAAUAUAUCGUUAGCGGCUCGAAGUAUACUUGAAGGGCUUCUUCAAAAGGAUAAACGUAAACGUCUCGGUGCUAAAAACGAUUCCGAUGAGAUUAAACGUCACGAUUUCUUUAAGCCAAUCUCAUGGACCGAAUUGGAAUUCAAACAAGUAUCACCACCAUUUAAUCCCAAUGUGAAAGGUUAUAUGGACUUAAAGAAUAUCGAUCCUGAUUUCACCAAGGAACCAGUUCCACAAUCAGUCUGUAAAUCUGUUAAUAUUUUCGGAGCUAAUUCCAUACCUGAUAAUGCAUUCCCUGGAUUCUCAUAUGCGGAAGCUCAUUGAUAACUAAUUUCGAUAAUUAUUUAAAUUGUUAUCCAUCUCUCUCUCUCUCUCUCAUCCCAUCUCACCAUCAUCAUCAUCAUCGCCAUCGUCAUCUCUUUUUUUCUGCAAAUUCUAAAUCAUCAUAAAUUCAUCAUUAAUUUGCUACAAUGAGAAAAAGAAAGUUCUAAUCAUGGUAACAAUUAAGAAGAGUCUCUUUUAGAAUCAAAAUCAUCCGUUAUAAUCAAGUUAUCGUUUUGAUAUUUACUCUUAAUUGUUUUUAACUCAUAAAGUCGUUUCUUUUAUUUUUUCAUCAUCAGCAAUUAUCAAAAUGAUUCCAAUUUGAUUAGUUCGUUUGAUUGAUUCGCAACUUUGACUUGCUUAAUUGUUCAAUGUUCCUUGUUGAUUGUUAAUUUCUUUUUUUUCUCAUGUUUUCUUGAUCAUUUUACAUUCUAUAUUUUUCUCUGUUGAUUAUUCAUCAUCAAACUCAUUCCUUAAUUGUCUUGAUAAUUCUGAUGAUAUUCAAUUUAAAUUCAGAUUAAUCAUCUCUUUCAAAGCUUUAAUUGUGAUUAAUCCUGAUUGGUAUUGAGAUAAUUUUAAUAUAUUAUGUGUUAAUAUCAAGUAAAUACUAUUGAUCCUGAUUAUCAUAUAAUUAGUGACAAUUUAAAAGGCAAAUAUUGUAAUAAUAAUCAUUUUUUAUCAUGAAACACAAAAAAAUUUAUAAUUGUUACCAAAAAAAGUUAAUUGUGAUCAAUAUCUUGAUAUAAUGAGCCAAGGAUCAAAUUGAAUCUUCAUUACUUGAUUAACUUCAAUCAUUACUCUGCCAUCUUAAUUGUGAUCAUCAUUUGCCUUAAUCUUAAUCCAAAUUUGAAUCCAUUAUAUUUCAAUGAACCCUCUUAAUUAUUUAAUAAUUGUAAAUCUAAUUGUCUAGAUAUCUUUAACUACAAAGAAAACUGUUAUUACUAUGUAACCAAACAAUUACUUUUUAAUUAAACUGAUUAACUUUUAAGCUAAAA